UAUGUUUCCAGCGUCCCAAAACUUCAGCAGCAUGCUUAAGUAUUUGAAAUUUGGUCGGCGACCUAAGUAAACGCAUGUACUUCACCUCAGCAAACCAUGUCUGUUGCCGCAUUGGACUUUCCUGUUUUCAGCAUCAUCGGAUCUAUGACUGUCAGAUGGAGAAGUUUACAUCUCGACUCGCAGGACACCAGCUUUGGGAAGUACUAGAUUUGGCAUUUGGGAAUGACUGCGGGAUGUAAUUUUGUACUGCAGUGUUGCAUUGAGAUCUUCAACAGUUAUAAAGGGACAUUCUGAUAUGGAAGUAAUUCAACAGCUCUGUCAUGUCUUGACUGCUCCAAACACUCGCGAGGAAGAAUGAAGUAAGCGCGAUGGAGCCGGACAAUGGCCCGCACUCCAAACUCAAAGCAGCUGGAGUCGGGGGGAGAGCUGUCUUUCUCUGCAUGGUUCUUUACUGUUCAUGCUGCCUGGGGUUUGCACAGACACAGCCUACAGAUGUGGACAUCCUGCAAAGGCUGGGAUUGGUUGGGAAAAUACCUUCACUUGGAACACGCUCACCACCUCAAGGUGUCAUCCCCUUCAAAUCUGGAAUCAUCCUAACACAGAGGGCGCGAAUUGAUGUCCCUGUUAGCUCUGUCAUACCUGCAUCAUUGGGCACGGCAUUCACACUUAUCCUCAGCAUAUGUUCGCAUCGCAUAAACAAUGCUUUUCUCUUCACCAUUGUGACAAAGAGGAGGAGACUGCAGUUAGGGGUGCAAUUCAUCCCUGGGAAAAUCUUAGUUUAUUCAGGCCAAAAAAACACUGUAGAUUUUGAUUAUGAUAUUCACAAUGGCCAGUGGCACAACCUGGCUUUGGAAAUCCAAACCCAAAGGGUUAAAUUAUACACUUCUUGUGGGAAGACAAGUGUACAUGCAGAUUUGCAUUUUAAAAAUGAGGAAACGCUGGAUCCAGAAGGCUCUUUUCGUUUGGGAAAAAUGAGCCAGAACUCAGUGCCCUUUGAAGGAGCCAUCUGCCAGUUUGAUAUACAUCCCUCUGCAAAGGCAGCUCACAAUUAUUGUAAGUAUAUUAAAAAACAGUGCAGGGAAGCUGACACCUAUCGACCAAAUCUUUCUCCUCUUUUACCUUUAUUACCCCUGGACCCCAAUAUAUCUGUCACCGUUCACACCUCACUUCUUACAACAGAGCUUUCCAAUAGGCAGUUUAGUCCUAGUCUUUCACUAACACUAAACAAGCUGCAAAUUAAUAAUGAAACCUUGCAAGACCUGAACUCCUCUGCUCUGAUGACUUCUCAUUCUGGCGCAGUCCUGUCUGGACAAAGCACUGUGCCACCAACAAAAGCCCAGCCCACACUCCAGCUCCCCCUGCAGGCCAUAACUCAAACUGCCAUUACCCCGUUUGGAAGUAGGACAUCACAAUCAUCUCAAAAGCCAACUCAACCAAGCAGUCCUACAAAAAACCUCCUGAGGUCAACUGUAAAACCCCAAACAUUAAAACAGAAUGAGAUGGCUGUCACUGUCAAACCAAAAAAGAACAAAAUGGAUACACCGACAUCUACAAAAAUAAAACCUAAAGCUUCUAGCGCAUUCAGGGUUCAAGAGAUGACAACAGUUGCACCACGGAAACCUCAGCCAAAGGUGAACACCUUUAUCGAAGCCAAACCCACAUCUUCUGUGCCUGUCACACCUGCAGCUACAGAUGGUCUCCAAACCUUUGACCUGGAACCAACCCAAUACUCCCUCUUGGCUGGGGCACCUGGACUGAAAGGAGAACCUGGAUUACCGGGACCUCCAGGGCCUCCUGGCAAGCCAGGAUUACCAGGAAAGAGAGGGCCUGGGGGUCCCCCUGGUCCAUAUGGAAACCCAGGCCGCCCAGGGCUCCCCGGACCCAAGGGGGAAAAAGGAGACCCUGGAAUCUCACCAGGCAGAGCGGCAAGUGGAAUAAAGGGUGACCCUGGGAUAUUGGGGCUACCCGGACUGCCUGGUCAAGCUGGUCGGAAAGGACAGAAAGGCCAUCCUGGUCCUCCCAGCCACCCUGGAGAUCAAGGAGAAAGAGGACCUGAUGGAAGCCCAGGUGCCAAAGGCUAUCCUGGCAGGCAGGGUUUGCCGGGGCCUAUAGGAAAUAUGGGACCAAAGGGAGUACGGGGCUUCAUUGGAAUUCCAGGCAUCUUUGGUCUCCCCGGACCUGACGGAGAAAGAGGUUUACCUGGUGUUCCUGGGAAGAAGGGCAAGAUGGGUAGGCCGGGCUUUUCAGGAGAUUUUGGGGAGCGUGGACCACCGGGACCCGAUGGAAACCCAGGGGAGAUGGGUGCCCCAGGACCUGUUGGUAUCCCUGGCCUUAUUGGUGAUAUGGGCCCGGUUGGAAAUAUGGGUCUUCCUGGGCCAGUGGGACUGAAGGGUGUUCAAGGAAACCCAGGAGAACCUGGACUGAAAGGUGAUAAGGGUGAAGAUGGGUUGCCAGGAGAACCCGGGGAACCUGGAUUUCAAGGUGACAAGGGUAUUCAAGGCUCACCAGGUUUACCAGGAAUUCGAGGAAAGCCAGGGCCACAGGGGAAGCCUGGAGAUCGCGGUCCAGAUGGUUUGCCAGGCCCACCUGGCCCUGAGGGCUUUCCAGGGGAUAUUGGAUCACCAGGACAAAAUGGUGUUGAGGGCUCAAAGGGAAGCACAGGAGAGAGAGGAAUGCCUGGCCCAAGUGGAGUUUCUGGAAUGGAGGGGGAUGCAGGCCCAAUUGGACCAGCGGGGUCUUCAGGACUGGAGGGUAGACCCGGGAGGAAAGGUUUCCCUGGAAAUCCAGGAGCAGAGGGAAUGAAGGGAGAGCCUGGAAUCAUUGGAAAUGUUGGGAUGCUUGGUGAGAGGGGUCCUGUCGGUUUCAUUGGGCUUGUUGGUGAGAAAGGGCUUGCUGGAGAAAAGGGAGAUCGUGGUGAGAUGGGUCUGCCAGGGCCACCAGGAGAAAAGGGAGCGAUGGGACACCCAGGAGCUCCAGGUGAAAGAGGGCCAUCUGGACCAGCAGGUAUACCAGGCCCCCCCGGUUCUAGGGGACUCAGUGGCACCAGAGGACCCCAAGGCAGAAGGGGUGCAACAGGACCAGAUGGACCAGUUGGGGAGAAAGGGUUGACAGGAAUCAAGGGUCCUGAUGGCCCUCCAGGAAAACAAGGUUUCACUGGCCAAAUGGGUAAAAUUGGUGAAACUGGUGAAACUGGAGCAACUGGAUUUCCAGGUGUUCAAGGACCAACUGGGCCCCCUGGAUCAAAGGGAAUUUUAGGUGAACCUGGUCCUUCAGGUCCACCUGGAAUAUUAGGUCCACUGGGUGAAAUUGGAGCAGUGGGUCUACCUGGAAAAGCCGGGGAGCAGGGCCUACAAGGUGAACCAGGAGAGAAGGGUGCAGUUGGAUCUCCUGGAAGUAUGGGGGAGCAAGGCUUGAUUGGACCUAGAGGUGACCCUGGGCUCGAUGGGGAGGAUAGUCCAAGCGGUCCUGAUGGUGCUAAGGGUGAAAAGGGGGAUAUCGGAAUGGAGGGGGAAACUGGUGAAAAGGGAGCCAUUGGAUUUAAAGGAAAAGAAGGGCAACCAGGAGAUCCCGGCAUAAUGGGCAUCAAGGGUCCUGAAGGCAAACCUGGAAAAAUUGGUGAGAGGGGAAAACUAGGAGACAAGGGUAGCAAAGGUCACCAAGGUCACCUUGGAGAAACUGGACAAAUCGGGGAGCAAGGUGCUAUGGGUUUUAUCGGGCCAAAAGGAAGCAGAGGAACUACUGGAUUUCUGGGUGCUCCUGGAACAAUGGGUCAACUAGGAGAACAAGGUUUAGUGGGAUAUGAAGGUCACCAAGGUCUGCAGGGUCCAAUAGGAUCACCAGGACCAAAAGGUGAAAAGGGAGAGCAUGGAGAUGAUGGGAAGGUUGAAGGUCCACCUGGUCCUUCAGGUGACAUCGGACCUGUUGGCAACAGAGGAGAAAGGGGAGAACCAGGUGACCCUGGAUACCCAGGUCAUGAAGGUGUUCAUGGAAGCAGAGGAAAGUCAGGUGCACCUGGACUCCCUGGAAAUGCUGGGCCAAAAGGUGUUCCAGGGCCUGAAGGGUCCAAUGGCAAUGAAGGUCCAAAAGGCAAAAACGGUCCUCCAGGUGAAUCUGGAAGCCGGGGGUCCCCUGGUCUUGUUGGUCUUCCUGGCCCCAGAGGAGUUGUUGGUCGUGAGGGACUUGAGGGUGAUCCUGGGGUAGAUGGACUCAAUGGGAAAGAUGGAGCUAAAGGAAUUCCAGGUGAGCAUGGAGGUGAUGGAGAGGUUGGUCUACCUGGAAAACCAGGUCCUCAAGGCAUAACAGGUGUACCAGGUCUACCAGGAAUUCAAGGCUCUUUUGGGCCAAAGGGUGAAAGGGGCCUCCCUGGCCAAACUGGACCUCCGGGCAAGAGAGGGUUUACUGGAGGGAUGGGAUUUCAUGGAAAACAAGGUGACCGAGGGGUCAAAGGGCAACCUGGCAAUACUGGUGAACAGGGAUUUCCUGGAGUUCUUGGAAUGUUUGGACCAAAGGGUCCACCAGGAGACCUUGGUGCAGUUGGUAUCCAGGGUCCAAGGGGUCCUCAGGGUUUAAUGGGGAUGCAAGGAGUCAUCGGACCUGUUGGUAUCAUUGGGCCUGGUGGUAAUUCAGGACCACAAGGAGAGAAAGGAAGUAAAGGGGAAAUGGGUUUUCAGGGACCCAGGGGACCUCCAGGUCCUUGUGGACCACCUGGACCUCCUGGGCCUCCUGGUGUAUCUCUGUCUCUUGACAAUGAGGCUCUUGGUGCUGCUUUACAUGAGAUUAUUGAUUCCCGCUCUGCAUUAAGGUCUGAGAUAUAUCAAGAUACUGACCUUCCAGUGUUGGACCAGGGAUAUGACAUAUUUAAGACCCUUCACUACCUCAGUAUCCUGAUCCACAGCAUCAAGAACCCGCUUGGAACGCAGGAGAAUCCAGCUAGAAUGUGUAGAGAUCUGUUUGAUUGUGAACAUAGGUUGAAUGAUGGCACGUAUUGGAUAGAUCCUAAUCUAGGCUGCUCCUCUGACAAUAUUGAGGUGACCUGCAACUUCACCAAUGGAGGCCAGACCUGCCUUAAGCCAGUAGCUGUGUCCAAGUUAGAGAUUGGAGUUAGUCUGAUCCAAAUGAAUUUUAUCCACCUCCUGAGCUCUGAGGCUGUGCAGAUCAUCUCCAUCCACUGCCUGAACACCCCUGUUUGGGCAGCAGGGGACUCCAAAAUACCUUCCUCUAGUGCAGUGUACUUCAAAGCCUGGGAUGGGCAGAUAGUCGAAGCUGGGGGAUUCAUUGAGCCUGAUCUAAUAAAGGAUGACUGCUGGAUUACAGAUGGCCGCUGGCAUCAGGCACAGUUUGUUUUCCGGACACAGGACCCAAACUUACUGCCCAUUGUUGAGGUCUACAACUUGCCCAGCACUAAACCUGGCUCACAUUACCACCUGGAAGUUGGCCCUGUUUGCUUUUUAUAAAAAAAGGGACGAUGGACAACCUUAAAUACCCUUGAUACAGAGGCUGUUUUUAUGUUUAGAGGCCAAUGAAACUGGUCUGAAUUCUGUACCUCUCCUCUCAAGCCUGGACUGCAGCCUUAAACAUGAGGACAAAGGAAUCUGGAGCAGCUUUGGAGAAAGCAAGACUUCUUAUGCUAGCAGCUCUGGGUGACAUAUGCUCUUUUUUCAGAGCUGUGCUUCUUGUUUCUGGAAAACAAGGCCUGAAUAUUUUGCUAGAGGUGCUUCUAAAACUUUUUCAGAAUGUUACAAGUCUUAAUUUAUUCAUAUAGUUGUGUUUUUCAUGCACAGCAUGUGGGAAAAUGAUAAGGAACAAUUAAAACAUUUAAUUGUAUUGAAGUACUUAUUUUGUAUUCUAUAGUUACACAUGAUCAUGUGUAUUUAUACAUGUACUUGUGUGUGUAUGUAAAUUUUAUGUAAAGUGCAAUAGAGAAUGGAGAGAUUUUUUUGAAGAUACAUUUUGUAUUUGGCUGUCCAGGCGAGUAAGGUUUACUGUCACACAUAUCAUUCAAUUCAGGUUGUUGUGUGUACUUGCAUAUACCAGCAGGUCUGAAGCCUAUCUAUUGUAAGCCUCCAAUACUAGCUAAGUGGGGUUCAGAUUUGCUGAGAUGAUAAUUACAAACUUGGACUCACCAACACACAUGCAUAUACACAAACAUUCAUGCAAAACCAGCAUAUGACUCACCAUUUAAGUAAUGGAGGUGGAUCCAAACUUGAAAAUUUACAUGUAAAUGUCUACCUCCCAUCUUUCAUUUUUUGGGAAAAUAAGUUUUAAAGAAGAUUCACAUUUAACUCCUGUGGUUUGGUUUAAUUGAAAGAAGAAUCUGUUUCUGUCAAAUGUUUUUAAUUUAAGUGCCUUUUAUAUACUUGGAAAGGGAAUAUUUUUGUAUACGUUUUAAAAAUAAAAAUUGUUAAAAUAUCCUUUUUGCAGCCACACAAAUUGUAAAUCCUUUAUUUUCUAGUAUGCCUUAUUUGUACAAAUCUUUGAACUGAGAAGACAUGAGAAUUGUUUGUCAUAGCAAGAGUGGUGUUCAUAGAUGUCAUUUUUAUUGUAAAGGGCCAUAUUGUGCAAAAACACGUUGUGCUUUAUAUCACACUUGCCUCUCAUCACACAGUGAUUUUUAUUAAGUGCAUUAUAUUUAUCACAUCGGGGGAAAAAAUACAUUUGGUUUACUUAAUUCCAGAAGCCUUUUGUGACUGCAGAAGUAAUUAUUUGACAUGGAAAAUACACUGCUCUGUGUCAUAUUAUGUCUUUGUUAAGGUGCUUGCGCAAAGCCAAAGGUUAUGGUUACAAAUUAUUCAUUAAAACAAGGGCACUAGCAACUUCCACUAUAAUGGGUUUGUACGUUUGUCACGAGUGGCUUUAAAAUUAUGUUAAGCUAAAUAUUCUUUAGUUGUGACCAAAAAGAGGUAUUUGUAUGUGAUUCUUAGGACAUUUUCUGUUGAUUUAUGAGAAAACUGCCAGGAGCCAUCUUAUUUCGCCAAAUGAGAGUGUUUAAUAUUUGUACCUCUUUGUGUACAUUUUAGAUUUGAUUGUCUAGUGUAUUCAAUGAUCUUUGAGUAAAGAAAGAAAGAAAGAUAGAAGGUAGGUCUGUGAAUAUUCUUGAAUAUUUUUUCACCAAAAAAAUAAUGUCAGUGUUCUGCCAAUUAAAUUGAUUGUUACCAAACAUUCACAUCAUUAUUAUGGCAGAGAGUAGUCCAUCUCUAUCUGUCUGUCAUACUAAAUUUGUGUUUUUUACUUGACCGUUUCUCAUUUACCUCUGAAUAAACAAUGA